AUGGCGCUGGUCGAAGAUCCGAAGGUAAUCUUGACGCGUGCUACUGACAAGAUCGCACUCGACGACCAAAUUACGGUGGAGCAGUACCUGCAGCAGGUGUGCGACGUCUGCAUCGAGCUUCUCGCCCAGCACACGGAGCGAAGGAUCGAGGAUUUCCGACGAGAGGCGGCCCUCACCAAGGCGGCGUUGGAGAAGAAGCUGAAGGCCACCCACUUCUGA